AUGGGCGAGUUGGCAGUAGAAGCAUGCAGUGGCGGAAAUCUCAUUAACGAAUUGACUGACACUGAUUUACCAUUAAGAUACUUAGAUGAACGACAUAUUAUCGACAAAAUCGAAGGUAUCGAUUGGAAAACUCAAACAUGGCGCAUGGAAAAACGCAUGAAGACUGUGAGCGUUGCCUUGGUGUUGUGUUUAAACGUCGGAGUAGACCCUCCCGAUAUAAUGAAAACUCAACCGUGUGCUCGACUAGAAUAUAGAAUCGAUCCUCUCUCAAUGUCUGUUCCGGAAGCUUUAGAAAACAUAGGCCAAGCCAAGCGAAUGACUUUAGUGAAUCAUGAGGCCAGUCCUCUAGUAAGAAAAGAGAUUGUCUAUGCGUUACAGUGGUUAAGAUUAGCAUUUGAUGUAUCGUUUGCAGCUGUCGCUUCAAAGGAAGGACUAAAUUCUCCAGAAAACCAUGGCAGUAACACUUUACCAAGAAAUGCUAGUAGCUUCACCAAGGACACCAAUUUCAUGCAUUUACGUUCAGGUAGGAUGUCGGAAAGCACUGAAUCCAAUGAAAUGGAAAAUCACGAAGACAAUCAUGAUAAUGACAUUAUUCAACAAGUAGUAAUGUCGUCAGAAAUGUUACAAACUCUUAUACAGAGCCCUACUAUAAAUCAAAAUGCCAAUUUAAAUAAUUCAGAGCGAGAUACGCAGGAUAAAGAUUUCGUUAAACUAAGUCAAAGGUGCGAAAAAUUGGAAAAUAAUUACAUAAAAAUCGAAAGGCAAAACAGGAAAAAUAACAUUAUUUUAUUUGGAUUGGACAUUGACAAAUCAAUAAAUCUAGUACAAUUCAUUGUAACUAAAUUUAAAGAGUUAUUGGACAUCGGACUGAAGGAAAUCGACAUUAACAAUAUUUAUGUCCUAAGGGCCAAGAAAGGUACACCAAUAAAAAUUGAAUUCACGACCUAUUUAAAAAAAUCCGAAGUUUUUCGAUGUGCCUACAAAUUAAAAGACACAAACGUUUAUAUUGCGCACGAUAUGUGCUUUGAAGACCGUCAAGAAUACGAUAUUUUGAGAAAGCAUUUCAAAAGAGGAAAAGAAACCAAUCUAACUUGCAAAAUUAAAAACUUAAAACUAGAAAUAAACGGGACUUUGUACUCUGCGGAGCAACUUGAAAAUAACCAAGAAAAAAUAUACAAAAAACUAAAAAUUCCCCAAAGAAGCCUUUCAAACGAAUCACUACCAUCCAAUGUUUUCGAAGAAGAGGCAACUCUUAAAGAACCAAAUUUAGAAGAAAAUUCCGACAACCUUUCCAAAAAAUCGAAGAAAAACACACAAGAUGACGAUUAUAUAACAUCAAAAGGAGUGAAAACAAGAUACAGAAUCCGAACCUAG